GAAAUACGACAUACUUUUCGUUUUUAUGCUUUCAUUCCAACAUUCAUUUCUGUCAUAUUAACACCCUGAUACAAAGUGAAACUGAGCUUAUUUUUAUUUGCAAUAAACUCGAAGAAAAAAUGAGUAACGAAUAAAAUGAAGCGUGUUCGUAAUAAAUUUAAUUAAAAAUAUUUAUUGUACAUAAAGUGAGUUUUUUAGCGUAUUGCAUCAUGGGAACCGUUUUUGCCUAUGAUGGGAACAGUAAUUUCAAGUAAAUCGAGAACAGUUUCUUUGACCAUUCUGUCGCGGCCAUCUUUUAAUGAACGGGCUACAUUUGGCUGAUUAUUAAGAACCAAAGCAUCGAUGCAGCAGCAGCUGUGCGGAAUAGGAACACGGCACGAGAGAAAAUAAACAAAACAAGCGGACGCGGACGCGGAGUGUUACUGCUCCCAGAAUAAUUUCUAGUUAUACAUGCAUCAUAUAAAUACAUAAUAUAUGUAUAACUAUACAUAUAUAAAAAUUAUAUAUGACUGCCACUAAUUACAACAUUCUACUGAAUUCCUGCUCUGCUGUGCAAAAGCAAAAUUGAAUGUGUUCAUACGUACAACAAAAGUAAUAAUUUUUUAAAAUGGAAGACCAACAGAACCUUAAACGCAAUAACAUGAUAUCAAACUUGCCUCUUCUAUUCGCAAGUGGAUAUCCAACAUCCUUACAAAGGAUUACUGAAAAACAAUUGGAAAGCUUUAUACCAUUUAUGGUGCAAUGCUCACUUGGAUAUAUUAAUCUGCAGGGAAAGAUAGAUGCUAGUGAGCCUGAGUGGUGGCCUGAAGAUGUAACCUACACAGUUCCAUUUAUAAAGCCUAAGAAAUUUGUCGGAGAUUGGUUAGGCAAAAUGAAAGAAAUAGUAAUUAUUUGCUAUCAGUUUCACAAAAGUGUUUUUUUACUAAGAUUUUGUGACGAUUUGGCUUCCUAUGAACAAACUAGUCUGCGUUUCAUAAAUAAUUAUAAUUCCACAACCUCACUUUUCGAUAGGCGAAACAACAAAUUACUUGUAACGUUUCGAAACGAAAAUAUGAGUUAUGAUCAACAACAUCGGUACCGUAAGACUUUAUUGCAAGCAAAGUCUAAGCAAGAUCAUCAUGAAAAACGGAUGAGCACUAAUGUAAUGGUAGAGCCUGCUCCAUUCGAUAUAUAUUUAUGUGAUCACUGUGAUGCUGAAUUGUACUCAAAGGAAGCUAUGCAGGAACACGAAAAGACAUGUUUUGAUGACGACGAUGAUGUUAUAUUAUGUGAUACCCCAGAACCAAUGAAUGAUAAUCAAGAAGAGUUAGAACCAAGUAACUCAAUAGAAUCCAAUGAACAACGUAAUAUGUUUUUAUUAAAUUUUGGUUUAAUAUCUGACGAAGCAUUAAAAUUAAAUAAUGUUAAGCAACAUGAUAGUCCUGCAAAAGAUGAUUUCAUGAUACUGCACAAAACAAAGCAUUUGCCAAGACGUAAUCGUGCUGUUCAAUCCCUAGCACGAUGCCCAACAAUUCCAUUAACUUCACCUGCUGGUGAACUGUUAAUACGUACUACAAAAGCGAACGUUACAACAGAUUAUAUUAGUGAACGUUUCGAUCGUCUCGAUCGGUUUUGUCAAGCGCCAUUGUUAUUAAAAGGUUUACAACGGCCGAAAUAUUUUGAUAAAAAGUGUUUAUCCAGCAAUACUCAUGUAACUUAUAAAAAACAACAGGAUGUAGGGUCUCAUGUUUAUAGUUUCCCACGACGUCAGUAUUCACAACGUCAACGUAAAGAGGAUCUUGAUUUUUUCAAUGGGGAACUAAUUAAACAUUGUCGACCAAUUGCAGUACGAAUUAAAAAAAUUAAUGAUCAAGAAGUUAAACAAACAGAUGAGUCACCUAUGGAUAUUGACACAAAAUUUAAUAUUAAACAAAUCUGGGAAAAUAAUGAUAAUGCAGAUUACAAGAAAUCAACAGCCAACCAAAUACUUGUAGAUACAAUCGAUUUAUGUUCAUCUGAUGAGGACGAAGAUGGUGUGAAAACAAAUUCGCAUUCAAAUAAAACAAUAACUGCACAUUUAGUGAAUAGUAAUAUUAUUGUUAAUACAUCGAGUGCUGUUCAUAAAGAAUUAAAUACAACAAAAGUUGUUCUAAAUAAUGCUCGCACAUUAUCAGUAGCCAGUCAGUGCGUUAAUAACAAUGAACAACCAACACUCACAGUAUUCCGCAAAUCAUUGACCAAUAGUGCCAAGAUUCGAUUAGGAACGCCAGUUAUGAAAGUUAAACCUUUUGCUGUAAAUAAUGAUAAAGUAACCAAUAAUACUCCACCAUAUGAGGGUGCAGUCUUGUUAACACCACCAACUGCGUCCCCUUCGACCUCAUCAACAAUAAUAUCAACUACACCCAUAGCCACGGCACUGCUUACAACCGAAACACCAAAUGUAACAAAUGUUUUACCAAGACCUCUAGGACCAUCUAUGUAUAUAUUUUCCAAUUAUACGGCAACAACACCCUUAACAGCUUUUGUUGCUGCGCCGAAUAAUUUUUUGUCAUCGAAUAUGGAAGGCACGAAUUUCCAUAAUUACAAUCAGGAGAAUCGUAUGCAGAAAACAACAGGUACCAUCAUAGCAAGUAAGCGCGCUACAUUACCAAGUACAAAUGCUUUUACAGACUGGUUAGCAAAUACAAAUACUUUAGCGGUUUCUACUAGUAACAAUGGAAGUAGUAGCAAUUUAGUAACAAAUUUAAACAAUAUAUCUCAAAACGUAGAAUGUGAACGUACAGCGAGAAGCCUGCCAUUAGUCUCACAAUUUACUGCAACGGGGCGUAUAGUCUCAAUAGAUUUAACCUCUUAAAUGCUUUAGCUACUCGUAUAAAAAUACACUGUCUUUUCUAUUAUGGUUCAGAAAAAAAAAAUUAAUAUGUAUUUAAAAAUAUUGGCAUAAAUAAUUAGAUAUUAAUUGGCUUUAAGAUGGUGGUUUUUAAAUAUGAGUAUAAACCACAGACAGAUCAACGUCGAACAUUUAUUUGGAAAUUUACUUUUAUCAUUAUGUUUAACAUUUUCCUAAAGCACUUCAUUAACGUUGUUAUAUACAAGUAUUAAAUUGUGUAACUAUGUAAAAUCUUGCAUUAUUUCGCAUUAAAAAAUUAACAGUUCUGGGCUAAAUACAAUGUGAGUCCUGGUUCACAUUUAGAUUAAUAAAUGUAAAACCGACUCAACAAUAUUAGGUUGUGUUUGAAAUGAUGAUCCAAUCCAUUACCUUUAAUCGUUAUAUAAGCAUAAUUUUUUUAAGUUUGUUACUAUAAAUAAGAAAUAGCAAUGUGUAAAUUUA